AUGGAUGUCACCACUUUGACGCCUGUAGAAAGGAAUGAAUUUCUUCCGAGACGCUCUGGCUGCAAGAGGCGCACUACUGUGUAUUACACACCGGCCAUAUCCGAAGCAAAGUUGGAGGUACCUGACCUGGAACCUGUAUCCAAAUUUUCUGGCAGCCUGUUUGACACAGAAGAAGGUUUUCAACGGAAUCGCCACAUGAGAGCUUUUCUACAUGGUAAUCAAAGGCAACUUAACAUACCAGGUAGCUCGGACACCAGCAAGCAACAGGUCUGUAAGUUGGCAAACAAUACUGGUGGAGAUGUUAAGUGUCCAGAGAGAAGUAAUUGCCAGCCGACACUUUUAAUAUCCACGGGAUUCAAAGAAACUUUGGCAAAGAAGCUCAAUAUUACAGUGCACAGUCCGAUGGGAAGUCUGGGGAUCAGUAUUGCUGGAGGAAAAGGGUCAACUCCAUAUAAAAUCAGUGAUGACAGAAUCUUCAUUUCUAAAGUAUCGAAGGGGGGUCCUGCUGAUCUUGCUGGUGUACAAGUUGGCGAUCUAGUACUGGAGGUCAAUGGAAUAAGUCUGCAAAAUGUUACCCAUCAUGAAGCAGUGAAUGCCUUGAGGAAUUCAGGGGCUGUAAUUAAGAUAAUAAUUUUGAGGGACAGAGAUGUGACAAGUGAUGCCACAGUUACUUCUGACUCAAACAAUGGUGAAAUAGAUAUCAUAAAACCUCAUCAGACUGAGCAGUCCUGCUUUAUAACUCAGCCAUCUGCCAUCCACCAGCAACUCAAAAUUGGCAAUUUCUUUCUUGAAGGAAAGGCAGUAUCUACGUGCAAUGCAAAUAGCUUAGAAUCUGAAUCUGUAACGUUGAAGAACCACACCACUAAAUCUGCAAGUGAGAUGCCGCUAAAUAACACCUCGUUCUGUAUUGUGAACCACGCAAUGCCAGCGGAUGAAGCAACUAGGCAAGAGGUGCAAAAUCAGGGAUCCAUUAUGUCUAUACUCUCCUGAAUGCAUACUCACUGGGUUCUGAG